CCCUGGGCCCGGAGCGUCCGCGGAUCCUUGGGCGAGCUGCGGCGGCGGCGGCCGGAGGCCCGGAAGCGAGAUUGAUUGCGAUGUGGUGGUUCCAGCAAGGCCUCAGUUUCCUCCCUUCAGCCCUGGUGAUUUGGACAGCCUCCGCUUUCAUCUUUUCCUACAUUACGGCCAUCACGCUGCACCACGUUGACCCUGCAUUGCCCUACAUCAGUGACACUGGAACAGUGGCUCCUGAAAAAUGUCUGUUCGGGGCAAUGUUAAAUAUUGCUGCUGUUUUAGGAAUGGCCACUAUGUACGUGCGCUAUAAGCAAGUUGACGCGCUGAAUCCCGAGAAUUCCCAGAUCAUCAGGAUAAACAAAGCGGGCCUUGUACUCGGCCUCCUGAGUUGCCUAGGACUUUCCGUCGUGGCCAACUUCCAGAAAACGACACUCUUCCUUGUGCACAUUGUGGGCGCGGUGCUGACGUUUGGCCUGGGAACCCUCUACAUCUUCACACAAACGAUCUUGUCCUAUAAAAUGCAACCGAAAAUUCACGGCCGACACAUCUUCUGGAUCAGGCUGAUCGUGGUGAUCUGGUGCGGAGUGAGUGCGUUUAGCAUGCUGACAUGCUCGUCCAUUUUGUACAGUGGCCAUUUUGGCCCAGAUCUAGUACAGAAGCUGCAUUGGAACCCUCAGGACCAAGGCUAUGUGCUUCACAUGAUCACCACUGCAGCAGAAUGGUCCAUGUCCUUUUCCUUCUUUAGUUUUUUCCUGACUUAUAUUCGAGAUUUUCAGAAAAUUUCCUUACACGUGGAGGCCAAUAUAGAAGGUCUGACUCUCUAUGACGUUGCCCCUUGCCAUAUUAACAGUGAACGGACACCAUUGAUUUCCAGGGAAUUCUGACAAAGCGAGAACCUAUUUUGGUGAAGAAUCCAUAACACUGGAGAAUCGAGGCAUUUUUCUUGCGACGCUACUUAUUAUGCACAGACAUUCUAACCAAUUAAUCAAAGCAUAUAAAUGGCACUGUAUCGAACAUUAACAAUAUUAAUCAGGAGAUAUGUAUAGAGUCACUCAAUCAUUUUUAAAUAUUACCAGGAGAACCAUGCAGAGUAUUUUUAAUUGUAUAAUUUUUUUUAUCUUAGAAAAUAAAACCAAAGAAACAGAGGA